AUGGUUCGUUGUGCCACACUAGACCGGGGACCACACUGGGUGGAGUUGUGCCACCUGGACCGGGGACCACACUGGGUGGAGUUGUGCCACCUGGACCGGGGACCACACUGGGUGGAGUUGUGCCACCUGGACCGGGGACCACACUGGGUGGACUUGUGCCACCUGGACCGGGGACCACACUGGGUGAAGUUGUGCCACCUGGACCGGGGACCACACAGGGUGGAGUUGUGCCACCUGGACCGGGGACCACACUGGGUGGAGUUGUGCCACCUGGACCGGGGACCACACUGGGCGGACUUGUGCCACCUGGACCGGGGACCACACUGGGUGGAGUUGUGCCACCUGGACCGGGGACCACACUGGGUGGAGUUGUGCCACCUGGACCGGGGACCACACUGGGCGGACUUGUGCCACCUGGACCGGGGACCACACUGGGUGGAGUUGUGCCACCUGGACCGGGGACCACACUGGGUGGAGUUGUGCCACCUGGACCGGGGACCACACUGGGCGGACUUGUGCCACCUGGACCGGGACCACACUGGAUCUGACCCUCACCCGCACCGCUGCCCCCGGAUCUGA